ACGAAGAACCAACAGAAACGGAUAUAAUGGGGCAUAAUGCUGGUCGCACACCAUUCAUAGACAUCUCAAACACAAGCAUUAUAGGUGAUCAAAAUGGAUCAAACUCGCUUGUACCAAUAGUCGAUGCUAAUGAAUGUAAGAGGCAAAGGGAUAAGGAAAGAUAUGCCACGAUGUCCAUUGAACAAAAGAAUGAGAAAAAUAGGAAGCGCCGUGAAGCACGUCAACGAAAUAAAGCACUACCCCUAAAGUCCGAGUCAUCUAGAGACAUUAAUACGAAUCAGACACGUGAGACGGUUAACGUUGAAAUAAGUCGAGAUGUGCAUCUUGGUUCAGGUCCUAUUAAAAACACUCCAUCGCCUGGUAAUUCUAUCGAACGAAAGAGGCAAAGGGAUAGAGAAAGGCGUGCAACAAUGUCGGUUGAACAAAGGAAUGAGUACAAUAACAAGCGUCGUCAAAUGCGUCAACGAAAUAAGGGACAAAAUGUGAUGCCCAAUGUUUCAGGAGGUGAUGAAACCCGUCAAAUUUAAAUUAAUAUGUAUGUUCAUAGACCUACUAUUGUAAAGUAAUUGUAUUCAUAUUUUGUAGAUGGCGACAAAAAAGUAAACGUGGAUCCAGAUGAUGAUAGCGACUGGCUGCAUCGGAACGAGACAUUCCAGUCAAACGACUAUGUCGCAACGACGGACCUUCUGCCACCAGCUUGUACCGGAAGGUUAUGUGUUUGUGCUGGGAGAUAACAACAACAAUAUCUUCAAGUACCAAUAAUCUGAAAAGAUGGUUCCCUACUGGUUCUGCAUAUAGGAAGCUGUGACAUACCAUGUAUUUGUAUCUGAAGAACUGUUUGACAUAUAUUUGGUUCCUGAUUCUACGAUCUGCUGCAAUUGGUAUAUUGCUCUUUUCUUAAAAAAUCUCUAAUCUAAUGUGCAGAUACCUCAUGUGACUUUAAUUCAG